UAAUGGUUAAUGCUGAAAACAAGGCCUUAUGUAAGUCUGGUACAUAAAUAACGAAGCAAGGAGUUGCAUAGGACAGCAGAAUGCCCUAAGAUUCAUUUGGAGAUUCUGAUUACUUUAACUUUUUGGCAGAAGAAUUACCGAUCCUAAUGAAGUCCUUCAUUUACCUCUCCUUAUUACUGAGUGCUCUUCAAGUCCACUGUCAUCAUGACUCAGGAGAUAGAAUUAUAUUUGAAGAUCCACCUCCGUCUUUGGAAGACAAGAGAAUGAAGACCAGAUACGCUUCUAAGAUAGCGCCCGGUAAUGCCGACUUCGCAUUUAGAUUCUACAAGCAAAUUGCUUCUGAUGCAGCUGCCAAAAAUAUUUUCUUCUCCCCGCUCAGCAUCUGCACAGCUUUUGCAAUGCUGACCCUGGCUGCCAAAUUUGAAACCCAAAGUCAGAUCUACAAAGGACUUGGUUUUAACUUGUCAGAGACUGAGGAGCACGAAAUACACAAAGGAUUCCACCAACUCCUCCACUUGCUGAAUGAUCCAAACAACAAGGCACAGGUGAACUUAGGGAAUGCCUUAUUUGUGGAAGAGUCAUUGAAAAUACUCCCUAAAUUUCUGGAGGAUAUCAGAAUGGUGUAUCAAGGGGAAGGCUUUUCAGCUAACUUCCAGAAUUCAGCAGCAGUUAAAAACCAGAUAAAUGAUUAUGUGCAGACUAAAACUCAUGGGAAAAUAUCCCAUGCAGUUGAUGACCUUGAUCCAAGGACUGUUAUGGUUCUGUUGAACUAUAUUUACUUCAAAGCCAACUGGAAAGAUUCUUUCAGCAGUGACUUGACAAAGGAAGAUGAUUUUUUUGUUGAUGCAAACACAACGGUGAAAGUCCCCCUGAUGUACCGAAAUGGCAAUUACAACUACCUCCGUGAUGACGAUCUGUUUUGCUGCGUGGUGGAAGUUCCUUACAAAGGAGAUGCCACUGCAUUCUUUAUUCUGCCUGAUAGAGGAAAACUGGAACAUGUGGAGACUGCUUUGGCCGUGAAAACUCUGGCAAAAUGGAAAGCGUCCUUCAGAUCUGAAGAAAUACAUCUGUACCUUCCAAAAUUUUCUAUUUCUGCAUCCUAUGAUGUCAAAGACUUGCUGCAGAAACUGGGUGUGGUUGAUGCCUUUAGUGACAAUGCUGAUCUGUCUGGAAUUACUGGGGAACGUGACCUGAAGGUUUCCAAAGCUGUUCACAAGGCUGUCGUGGAUGUUCAUGAGAGUGGCACUGAGGCUGCUGCAGUCACAGUUGUAGAGAUUGCACCAAGGUUUGGUUCUGCCAGUCCUGAUACAAUCAUCAAAUUCGACAGCCCCUUCUUGUUUACAAUUGUUGAAUCAUUUACAGACAUUCCCCUCUUCUUAGGAAAAAUUGUGAACCCAACUGAAAAAUGAUCAUUAGGUGAUCAGACACGGAUUUCCAGUUACAGCCCUUCAUGACUGUAUAGAAUCAUAAUAAAAUAAUUCUA